CUCGUCUGCGCAGGCGCGGCCAAGAUGGCGGCAGGGGCUGAGCGGGCCUCCGCCUGGCCCUGAGGCCGGGAAGGCGGGAGACGGAGGGAGGGAGGGAGCGGCCGGACGCCAUGGAGGCCUCCCCGCACGCCGCCCCCGCGCCCCCCGGCCCGGACCGCCUCUUCGACUCCCACCGGCUGCCGAGCGACGGGCUGCUGCUGCUGUCGCUGCUGCUCUACGCGCCGGUGGGGCUGUGCCUGCUGCUGCUGCGCCUCUUCCUCGGCCUGCACGUCUUCCUCGUCAGCUGCGCCCUCCCGGACUGCGCCCUCCGCAGGUUUGUCGUGCGGGUGAUGUGCUCCGUGCUCGGCCUCCUGGUGCGGCAGAGCCAGCCUCGGCAGCACGGCCUCCGCGCCCGCGUCUACAUCGCCAACCACGUCACGCACUUCGACCACAACGUCGUCAACUUGCUGACCUCUUGCAAUGCGCCGAUGCUGAACGGAGCCUCUGGGUUCAUUUGCUGGUCCCGUGGCUUCCUGGAGGUGGGGAGCACGGGCAGCCGAGCAGAGCUCCUGGAGUCCUUGAAGGCCUACUCCUCCCACGGAGGCAACCCGCCUCUGCUGCUCUUCCCUGAGGAGACCACCACCAACGGGAGGGUGGGGCUUCUGCGCUUCAGCACGUGGCCGUUCUCCAUCUUGGAUGUGGUCCAGCCAGUGGCCCUGCAAGUGCAGAGGCCCUUUGUUGCCGUGAGCACAGCGGAUGCCUCCUGGGUUACUGAGCUGCUCUGGACUUUCUUUGUUCCCUUCACCAUUUAUCAAGUAAGGUGGCUCCCUUCCGUCUGCAGGCGAGCUGAAGAGACGCGGGAGGAGCUGGCUCUUCGAGUCCAAGAGCUCCUGGCCUUGGAGCUUGAUGUGGUGUCAACACGGCUCACUGCUGCUGACAAAGCAGAGCACCUGAAGCGACUGCGCCACAGCCCUCCAACCCCCUAUGCCCCAGUCCCAAGUCAGCCCUUGGCAGCCCGGCCUCAGGCUUUCUCCAGCUCACCCCCCACGGAGGAUACACCCCACUUGACAGGCAUGGCUCAGCGUGUCAAGGAAGUUCUGCCUCACGUGCCCCUGGCAGUCAUUCGCAAAGACUUGGCCCAGACAAACUGCGUGGACGCCACCAUUGCCAACCUGCUGGAGGGGCGGGUUCCCUUCACCCCCAGCGAGGCAGAAGAGGAGCCCUCCUUGCUUGGCCCAUCCGUCUCCAGUGCUCAGCCCCCUGCGGCUCCUCCUCCAGCUGCGCUGCCCCUGAAGGUGUUUGCCAGGUCCCCGGAGGCCAGGCACCUCUCCCUGCAGGACCGGAAGCGGGCGCUCUUUGACUACGCCAGGAGGAAAUACACAGAGAAAUACGGGAUGCCCCAGAGCCAGGGGAACCGCUGAGCAGAUCAUGCAACUUCUUCUGGACUUGGCAACGGGCAGUGGCGGCUAUGGGCGUGGAGGGCUGCCGUGGACGAUGAGCAACCUGUGGCUACUCCAACUCCAUGUGUCCCGGGCUGAUCCCAGCCCACCUGCGCUUUCGCUCCGGGCCCUGGACUCAGCACAGCACUGGGGGGCCCUGGAGCCGGGGGGGGGAGGCUUUCGCUAUCAAAAUAAAAAUGACUCACUUUCU